GGAUGUGUGGAGAAACCGGUGUCGACGUUAUGGCGCAAUUACGUUAUCAGCAGCAGGCCGGACGUGUCGAUGAGGCUGACGGUCACGAACGGCGGUUUGACCGCGACGACGAAAGAUCACGGUCUGACAGAGUACUGGGCGCACAGGGUGACCUAUUGCACGGCACCUGCUUCCCACCCGCGCCUCUUCGUCUGGGUCUACCGGCACGAAGGACGUAGGUUGAGGCCAGAGCUCAGGUGCCACGCCGCCCUCUGUAGCAAAGAGUCCACCGCCAGGAGGCUUGCCUCGACCUUGAACGCUAGGCUACAACAGGCGCUCCUGGAAUUCCGACGGGACAAGGUCUCCAGACAAAAUGCUAGAUUAUCGCUAGCAAACGCUCUGUACGAUAACCCAUCGUUACCACGACGAAAGCUACUUCUCAGUACCGGAGGUCAGAAUUACCGGCCACCCCUCGAGAGAUCGAAAAGCGCGCCAAAACUAUCAGCUAUCGAAGAGGACAUUGUCGCUGAGGAAAUAGAACAGCAGAGGAUCCUCGAAGAGUUGAGGACACUAGAGAACGUGGCGCGCAGUUGGCAAGAUCAAGAUAGCUGGAGGCUUGCCCGAUUGCUCGAUGCUUUGAAUCGUGAAUCUUCCGAUGAAAACGGAAGUAUCUCCAGCGGGUGCGAGACAGCCAGCACUGCGACCAGUGAAGAAAGAGCACCUGGUCCCGAAGAUCAUCACGCCACAGGUGAUGCCACGGAACAGCGAACGGACAGACGAGUUAUGUUCUCCGACGACACCGUCGUAAGAGGUCCAGGCCCUCGAAGGAAUUCCGAAGGCUCCCCAAACUUCAUGACCUGCGCCGGGAGCCCGCGCUUUCACCGCCGAAACGUCGUGCACACCAGCAGAGAGAGGUUUUCAGAGCGAAACGAAGAGGACGAGUCGAUGGAAGAAGAAGACGAAGAGAUAGAGGAUCCUGCCUCGCAUGUGUUCGACUUCGAGGAUGUCGAAGACUUCGACGACGUGGUCGAUUACAUGCCAAGAGGCGAAAUACUGCGAAGGCUCGACGGGCCACAGGACAGAGAGAGACGAGUGAUGGAAAAGUAUCCUGGCAGAAUGAGCCACGACCUGCUGCAAAACGACGAUUCCCCUUUCUUAACCUUGGACUCUCUCGACGAGGAAGUGGACAGCGACGAGAGUGGGUACGUCGAGGCACCGCCAAAGUCAUUAUUGGGCCAAGACGACAGGAAAGAGGAGGAGGAAAGCAAUAACAGCCGCAUCGAAUCUCGUCAAGGUCAGACUAAAUCACCGGAUGUCCUCAGAGGAUCAUCGAAUGUAGAGGAGAGUCAGAAAAACGAAGAUUCCAAAGAAACGAAGGACAUGGAAGAGGAGGAGGAAGGAGUGGAUGAGGAAGAGAGUGGAGAAGAAGAAGAGGUUGAGUCGAAGGAUCCUCUGUCGGCUGUCGAGAACAGUAAGAGGCUGAAAGAGAAAGAAAGAGAGAGAGCCGAUUUCAUUAAGUGUCCUAUCUCAGAGACUAUCAAGAAACUGGCAAACGCGUCGCUGAAAAGCUCCAAAUCUUUAGAAAUGACCACGAACAACUGUCUGAAAGCUCUGAAUAAUUUAAAGACCUCAAAGUCGUUUGAUGGCGUUAAGGCUGUAGAGAUGGAGGGGGAGUCUCCGAGUCUUCAUCAAAGGAAGCAGUUGCUCGCUCAACAAGGCGUCAUCGUUUGAAAGCUUGUCCAAAUAAGAAGUAAAUAAAAACACGGAAGCCCGAAGAUUCUCAAAUCUAGGUCUGUUCUUUUCCGAUCUUCGAUGCCUCGAAGCUGGAAUCAACGAUAGGCCACUGUACAUCACAUAUUAUAGACUCGUAACGAUGUCAUAUUUGUUAGACAAUUUUUGGGAGGAUAGAAAACUUUAUGAAAUAACAAUCGACACCUGUUCGAGAGGUUUAGCUACGAUAUUCGUUUUGUUCAAUCAAUAAGAGUCUUUAGUAAACUGUUGUAUCCAUGUUAUUGAUUUAACAAGAACGAAGUACGGUUUUAAGUAUCAUGAGAGUAUGUAACGUUAGAACUUGCGAGGAUAUACACAUGUUGUUCUAUCGAAUUGUUAAGAAUCAAACAAUGUUUAGAAAAAUCGGAUAAAACGGAUAACUUUAAUUCGAAUUAAUUAUUGAGUUAGGUGCCCUAUUGAUUGUCAGUACGAAGCUCAGUUUGAUAAGGAUCAUUAGUUUCAUCGGUAUAAUAAGAAUAAACUGAAUGUUAUAUUUGAAGGUUACUCUUGCGAAGCGUGGUGCGAUUAUUUCUGGUUAUCGAUUCACGAGUGUGUACUUACGGCGCAAAGAGAGUCAGAUGAGAUUGACGCGUGGUUUAAGGGCAAAAUUUUUUAAAACGUAAAGAUAUAUAUAUAUAUAUUACAGUUUACUCGAAGAACCAGGCCUAAAGCGAUUAUCUUCAUAAGAUUAAUCAUUGCAGAUUCGCACAAAAUAAAUACAAUAAAAACAAUAAUUUUGUAAAUACAUUUAAUAAACGCUAAAAAUAUUAGGAAUUAAAGUUUCAUUACCGAAAUUUUGUAACGGGUGCUUUAAAAGUAGAAACAAGUUCUUACUUACGUCAAUUUUUAUCUUUGUUAUUUUCAAUUAUACGAGUUACAAUAAAAUAUUUUUGUUGCUUGUUAAUGUCGGUGCAACAAAAUAUAUAACGCUAUUUAAAUCCACGCGCUUCAUGCUUGCUGAAAAAGAGAUUAAAAAUCCCUCUUGUGUUAGUUACAGAUAAUUCAUUUUACAGAAUCCAUUAUAAGAAUUGGAAUUGUCACGUCUAAAUUUAUUAUAUACCGUUCUUACAGAAGAACGUGCCAUAUAAAUGCCAGCAGAUACGACGUGUUUCUUCGUACUUUUACUACAAUUUCUAUUCUUUUGCUUAUAUACGAAGGUUUUCUAGAAAAGAGCUUUAAUAUACAUGUUAAUGAAUAAUCUGGACUGAACACUUUGAUAAUAACACAUGUAUUCGGUGUCUAGCUAGAAUUUAAACCGCUCGUUUACCAUGAUAGGUAUCACGCGAAACCACAAGAGUUCAAAAUAUUGUCACCAUUGCUGUACAAGAAAAAUUCGA